UUGCUUCGCCUAUUGCGCUGGUGAUCAGUCAGUCACAUCGACAUAUUCCGGCGCGUCACAGCCUUCGCUCAGUAAUUGUUCCCUAAACAAUCAACUUAUUAAAGUUUUUUUUUGUUUAGAAUUAAAGUACGCAAGUUAGCGUUGAGAAUAUUAGGAGUAGAACAUGAAUAUUUCUGAACUGCCACCAGAGAUGAUGGAUAAAAUUUUUGCAUAUCUUACAUUCCGCGAGCGUCUUCAGGUAUCCCGCACAUGCAAAUUAUGCCACGAGCUGAUAUUCUGCCCACAGUUUUGUAAAAGAUUAUUCCUAUAUUUGAGGUCAUCAAAAGAUCUUGAGAAGCCUUACGCUAGGGAGAUGUUGGCACGUUGUCGUAAUAUAAUGAUAAUGUGCUCAAAUUACGACGAUCACCAGCUGCGAUUGUUGAAGGAUUAUAUGAAGGGAACUUCACUAAAGUUGCUCAAAGUAUGGGCAGAAAAUCAUACUGCCAAACGUAUUUUGGAGACGAUUUUAAAGGCCGUGCCGGAAUUGAAAAAUUUGCAUCUAGUGUUGUUAGGAAAAUCAGACCAAUGCACUGAUGAAAUCAUACGAAUAACGCAUCAAAAACUGAAACGUGCAGUACUUAUUGGACAUGGGAAUUAUGAAAUCGAAUGUAGUAAAUUGACUGUUUUGAGGUCCGACCAGGUGAAUGAGAAAAUGGUCCGAAGCAUAGGCUGUCUUCAAGGGCAACUGCAAGUCUUACAACUCUGCGGAUAUCGUCAUUCACCCCAUAUCGGUGCUGUAUACAAUGUUUUAUCCCAUUACCACUGGGACCAUUUGCGAGAACUUGAAUUAAUCAGUUCUUCAACUACUGACGGUCUAGAGAAAUCUCUUAAGCAAAUGCCUUGCUUGCAGAAAUUGAGCUUGCAUGGAAAUUAUCAAAUUUUUACUGGAGAGGAAGUCGGAGCAGCAACAUGCUUGUCAGAGUUAACAUUGAGAGGAUAUUGUAUUGAUACGGAUUCGUUUAAUAAGUUUCUCACUCGUUCAUCCUUGAAGAGAAUUUCUCUACUGAAUUGUAUCUGUUGUUCGUUAGAAGUACCCCUGAAGUCAGAUUCUAUCAAAGAAUUAACUCUCGAACCGAUGACGAUGUGUCAAAAACUGCUACCCGUGUUCCCGAGUCUGGAAAAGCUAGAUCUACAAGGCAUGGAUAAAACGGACUGUCAUCAUACAUUGUUGCAGAUAUGCGAAUACUAUCCAAAGCUGGAACGUCUAACCUUGUGCGUAGUACCCGGACAAAUUGGAACGGUAGGUAUCUUUAACGAUACGGUGAUAGAUUUCAAAAAACUAUUUUUUUUUUCAUAA